AGCUCGAUCGGUCCAUUUAACGCGGCGCGCACCACCGAACCUUUAUGACCUUUUCGAAAUUGCAGUUUACGCGAGCGUGAGUGCACGACGUGACGAUAUCGUUGCAAUCAAUUCGAGCGGGCACUAAUUUUCGCAAUUAAUUGCUGAACGAUCUAUCCCUGAUUCGCUGUUAAAUGAACCAUCACUGACCCGUGUUUGAUUACUUCUGGUGAUUAGAUCACUUCUAUUUACAGUUUGAACACCGUGUCGACAUUUACGCGAUAGAAACUUUUCCGAGGCGAUUGCAACUGUUUGGAGAACUGUUUCAGUUGCAGCAGGCGAUCGUGGCAAAAUUGCAGUGGAACGUGGAAAGGGAUUUACUGAGGAGAGGCCCUUUUUUCAAGAAAAUUAAGCACUUUGCAAAGGAAAGUGAACACAUUUUUAAAUACAAGGUGAAAACAUGGACCAUCCUGAUAUAAAGCUGUGGUGUGACCUGUGACGGAUCACUGGGUUGGGAGAUUUCUUCAGAGCAGUGAUUGCAAGAAAUGUGCUUAAAGAACACAAAGGUGGCCUUUCAUAUUGAACUCCAUGGACUUUAAUAUAUACCUUCUACCGAAAGGAUAAAGGUUACCGGAAAUAUCCUCGAAACGUGUACAUUGUACAAUAUUUGAAAAGCAGGAGUCGUCUCGAUUUGCUAUCCAGUUUCUGAGAAAGAAGAUCACAAAAAGCAUCAAGUUUCAUUUUGAACAAAGAAAAGGCAAACUUUGAAAGCAAUUUCAUUGUUUUCCAUCUUGAGAUUGACCAUGAGAGCGAAGAUAGCCAAAGUUCAAAAUGAGUUUGUGAGAAAAUGACCUAAAAAAGAUCUUCUGAGGCAGUGAACUUGAUAAGGGGUCAUUCACAAAUUGCGUCGCGAAUGAGGGAAAAUCAGCAGAGUGAGAAAAGGGGAGCGAGGGUGAGAAAGGAGGAAUAGGCUUGGAAAAAUGGUGCUGGAGGCGCCGAGUUUGUGGCAGGCUGGGUUCAACAUAUCUCAAUGGCUGAUGAUCAUUAUACACGGAUAUCGAGCGACGGCUGUUAUUCUGUCUCUUCUGCUUCACGUGCUCGUGAGAACUGACUAUCCCUCAGCAGUUACGGCCGAGGUUGUCGGGAUGAACGCCAAUUCGUUGGAUCGUACACUAAAGCCUUUGGACGUUGAUUUACCGCCGACUCUUCCGAUGACUUUCGGCACUGAAAAUUCUACAGUCAUUUCGGCUCAAUCAGGAUCAACAGCAAUGUUACCCUGUGUUGUACACAAUAUUGGAGAUGGCAUGGUGACGUGGAUUAGAAGAAAGAAGGUCCAGCACGAGUUGCUGACCGUAGGCUUGACUACUUACGCAAGCGACGAACGUUUCCAGGCGAUACAUUUUCAUCACAGUGAAGAUUGGACACUUCAAAUCAAGUAUGUUCAACAAAGGGAUGCCGGAAUGUACGAGUGCCAAGUAUCCACCCAUCCACCCACAAGUAUAUUUCUAUUCCUCGAAGUUGUCGAGGCUCGUGCAGAGAUAACGGGACCCUCGGAGAAAUUCGUACGUCCCGGAAGUACGCUUCAGCUUCACUGUCAAGUAAAAAAAUCGACGGAAAGUCCGUCCUACCUCUUCUGGUACCACAAUAUUCGAAUGAUCAACUAUGACAUUGAUCAAGGUGUGAACGUGACCACUGACCUUUCAGCCCGCGAGAGCUGGUUGGAGGUGCCGCGGGCUUCCGGUCGUCAUUCCGGAAAUUACACCUGCGAGGCCAGCAACGCACAGCCCGCUCGAGUUUUCGUUCACAUUUUCAACGGAGAUAAUCCGGCAGCGAUGCAGCAUAGCCUGGCCUCAUCUCCAUCGGUAAUAGCGUGCUCCGCCCUGAUGACCUUAUCGACCGCACUCAAAAUCGCACUCCAAGCCACCUACUCGAUAGGCUCCUCCUAAACUCACUUUAAUUAUGAGCUAGGCUAGGUAAACAUAUUCAACCUCCAUCCUGUGCAUUGUGCAAUCACCGCAACCAGGAAAUUGGAUGAGCCUCUUUCAGGCUAUCAGCAAAAGAUUAGGACAAUUUACCAACAGUCGGUGCUAAUUCCUAAUAUGAUAGCAAUCUUGUCCAUGGUGGGGAUGAACUUACUUUAAUUCUAAGGUAUUUCAUUAUCGGGUUUUCGGACUGAUUAUGUUAGUCUGUAAUUUUAGGGAUAUUUUAAGACUACAUACAACAAAAAUCGUUAUCUGUCAUUUUCCCUCUCUAUCCUCUUCUAUCCUAUCCAAUUCAGUCUUAUAAUAUCAUCCUUUCCCAUACUUCUCUUCCGGUUAUACUUUCUCUUUGAUCUCCAACCAUCCUCCUCACCCUCUCCCUUUUUCUUUUAUCGCCUACUUCCCCUCUGCUUACCUAAUUACCCUCCCUUGCCACCAACAUCUAUAAAUUCCCUUCAUUCCCCCUCUCCAACUUUCCCUCCUUCACUCAGAAUCGUACUCCAAGCCAUCUAUGCGAUAUGAUAUUACUUCACUCAUUUUAAUUAUGAGAUAGGCUAGGUAAACGUAUUCAACUUCUAUCGUGUGUAUUGUGCUUUGUGCAAUCACUAGAGCCAGAAAUUUAAAUGAACCUCUUUUAGGCUAUUAACAAAGCAUUAGAACAAUUUAUAAACAGUCGGUCCUGAAUCACGAUCUGAAAACCAUUCUAUUCACGGUGGGGCUGAACCAACUUUAAUUGCAAGGUCUUUGUGAGUGGGAUUUCCCGAAUGAUUAUUAUAGUGCGUAACUUUAUGGAUGUUUUAAGAAUCACAAACAAAAUUCUUUAGGCCCUUUUUUAAAAAAGGGUUUCAUAUCUUAUAAGGGCGUUAAGUUGUUCCAGUAUCCCCGUCCCAGUGUCAUUUCUUAUCUCUCUUCUCUCCUCUUCUAUCCUAUCCGAUUCUCUCUUAUAACUCUCCCUGUUCACUUAUGCUGCCUCCCCGCGGCCCAUUACUUCGCCUCACAAACUAAGCUUAUCCUUUCCAUUCCAACUUCCUCUCCGACGCUACCCCCUACUUUCGCAUCGAAAACUUCAUCCUAACUAACCUAACCUCCACCUCCGCAAUUAAAAUCGCACUCCGAACGCCCUUUGUGAUAGUUCAUGCUUUACACAAAAAAAUGGACAAAUUUAUUAACAAUAAUUCCUAAUAUAAUCUCCCUAAUUCCUGAUAACGCAAUAAUCAUAUCAAAGUUAUUAUAGUCUGUAUUUUUGAGAAUAUUUUAAGACCACAGAUAAAAAAAUUUAAUGGGCCAGUAUUCUAUCCCUUCUUCUCACUUUCCCUACUUCUCUCUCCCAAUCCCUCUACUUCCUCUCUCGCAUCGCCUAUUCCUUCCUACCUUCCUUUUCUUUAAUUCUCGUACUGCCUCUCACUUCCCAUCCCAUAUCAUCCUGCCACUUCUUCUAACUUCUCCUCACUUCCCCUACUACCCAACUCCUCAACUUCUCCUCGCUCUUACUACUUCCGUAACUUCCCAUUCCAUCCAUUCUCCUCCGUUCCCAUAGUACUUAAAAUUAAAAAAAAAGAAAGAAUAUACUUGCGAAAAGGUCACUCAAAAAUAUAUGCUACUUGUUUUUAUUCAAAAAUCUCGAAACGUAUUGAUCUGAGAUUAAAAUGUCUGUAAAUAAAAGUUAUAGAUUUGAUGAAAAUACAUAAGUUAUUUAUCUUAUCAGUUUCUCACUUUUACCCUAAAAUUAGUAUUUUUCAAGCA